GCCCAUGGAGCCUGGGGCCACAGGCCACAGGGGACAAGGGCCAGAAACCCUGGCCAUGGCUCUGGGCCAUUGAUCCAGCCCAGGCUGGCUGGUGGGGGUGGGGAGACCUUGGCCUGGACAAACAGAGGCUCGGGGCCUGCGUGCGGGCCCGACACCCACCUGCCACUCCCAGAGCAGGAUGCCCAUGGCCGAGGCCCCCCAAGCAGCCGGUGGACAGGGCGAUGGAGGUGAUGGUGAGGAGGCAGAGCCGGAGGGGAUGUUUAAGGCCCCCAAGGACUCCAAGAGAAAAGUCCGGGACCACCUCCGCCUGGCGCCCCUGUGGCUGGCCCUGGUUGCGCUGGUUUCCGUGGGGAUCCUGCUCUGGUAUUUUCUAGGGUACAAGGCAGAGGUGACGGUCAGCCAGGUGUACUCAGGCAGCCUCCGCGUGCUCAAUCGCCACUUCUCGCAGGACCUUGCCCGCCGGGAGUCCAGCGCCUUCCGCAGUGAAACUGCCAAAGCCCAAAAGAUGCUCAAGGAGCUCAUUGCCAGCACCCGCCUGGGUCCUUACUACAACUCCAGCUCAGUCUAUUCCUUUGGGGAGGGCCCCCUCACCUGCUUCUUCUGGUUCAUUCUCCAAAUCCCCGAGCACCGCCGGCCGAUGCUGAGCCCCGAGGUGGUGCAGGCACUGUUGGUGGAGGAGCUGCUGUCCACGGCCAACAGCUCGGCCCCCGCCCCCUACAGGGCCGACUAUGAGGUGGACCCCGAGGGCCUGGUGAUCCUGGAAGCCAGCGUGAAAGACAUAGUUGUGCUGAACUCCACGCUGGGCUGCUACCGUUACAGCUACGUGGGCCAGGGCCAGGUCCUCCGGCUGAAGGGACCCGACCACCUGGUCUCCAGCUGCCUGUGGCACCUACAGGGCCCCAAGGAUCUCAUGCUCAAACUCCGGCUCGAGUGGACGCUGGCCGAGUGCCGGGACCGGCUGGCCAUGUACGACGUGGCCGGGCCCCUGGAGAGGCGGCUCAUCACCUCGGUCUAUGGCUGCAGUCGCCAGGAGCCCGUGGUGGAGGUCCUGGCGUCCGGCGCCGUCAUGGCGGUGGUCUGGAAGAAGGGCCUGCAUAGCUACUAUGACCCCUUUGUGCUGUCCGUGCAGCCUGUGGCCUUCCAGGCUUGCGAGGUGAACCUGACCCUGGAGGGCCGCCUGGAGCCGCAGGGAGUCCUCAGCACGCCUUACUUCCCCAGCUACUACGCGCCCAGCACCCACUGCUCCUGGCACCUCACGGUGCCCUCCCUGGACUACGGCUUGGCCCUCUGGUUUGAUGCCUAUGCUCUGCGGAGGCAGAAGUACGACCUGCCAUGCACCCAGGGGCAGUGGACCAUCCAGAACCGGAGGCUGUGUGGCCUGCGCACCCUGCAGCCCUAUGCUGAGAGGAUCCCCGUGGUGGCCAGUGCCGGCAUCACCGUGAACUUCACAUCCCAGAUCCCGCUCACUGGGCCCGGUGUGCAGGUGCACUAUGGCCUAUACAACCAGUCGGAUCCCUGUCCUGGAGAGUCCCUCUGCUCCGUGAACGGACUAUGCGUGCCAGCCUGCGACGGGGUCAAGGACUGCCCCAACGGCCUGGAUGAGAGAAACUGCGUCUGCAGAGCCACAUUCCAGUGCCAAGAAGACAGCACGUGCAUCUCCCUGUCCAGAGUCUGUGACCGGCAGCCUGACUGUCUCAACGGGAGUGACGAACAGCAGUGCCAGGAAGGAGUGCCUUGUGGGACAUUCACCUUCCAGUGUAAGGACCGCAGCUGCGUGAAGAAGCCCAACCCGCAGUGUGACGGGCUGCCUGACUGCAGGGACGGCUCGGACGAGCAGCACUGUGACUGCGGCCUGCAGGGCCCCUCCGGCCGCAUAGUGGGCGGCGCCGUGUCUUCUGAGGGCGAGUGGCCCUGGCAAGCCAGCCUCCAGGUUCGGGGCCGGCACAUCUGUGGGGGGGCGCUCAUCGCUGACCGCUGGGUGAUCACGGCCGCCCACUGCUUCCAGGAGGACAGCAUGGCCUCCCCGGCUCUGUGGACCGUUUUCCUGGGCAAGGUGUGGCAGAACUCGCGCUGGCCGGGCGAGGUGUCCUUCAAGGUGAGCCGUCUGGUCCUGCACCCUUACCACGAGGAGGACAGCCACGACUACGAUGUGGCCCUGCUGCAGCUCGACCACCCCGUGGUGCGCUCGGCCGCCGUGCGCCCCGUCUGCCUGCCAGCGCGCUCCCACUUCUUCGAGCCGGGCCUGCACUGCUGGAUCACCGGCUGGGGCGCCCUGCGCGAGGGCGGCCCCACCAGCAACGGUCUGCAGAAGGUGGACGUGCAGCUGAUCCCGCAGGACCUGUGCAGCGAGGCCUAUCGCUACCAGGUGACACCCCGCAUGCUGUGUGCCGGCUACCGAAAGGGCAAGAAGGAUGCCUGCCAGGGUGACUCGGGCGGCCCACUCGUGUGUAAGGAGUCCAGUGGCCGCUGGUUCCUGGCGGGGCUGGUCAGCUGGGGCCUGGGCUGUGGCCGGCCCAACUACUUUGGCGUCUACACCCGCAUCACAGGAGUGAUUGGCUGGAUCCAGCAGGUUCUGAGCUGAGGAGCUGCCCUCCUGGGGAGCGGGGGGCCCACCUCCAGGACCCAAGUGUCCAGCGCACCCUCUAGUCAGGGGGGGCAAGUAUCCUGGGGGCGGCAGGACCCGCGGAGGCAGGAGGUAGUGUCCUGUCGUCCCGGACCUCCUCCCUGACACCUGCCCCCAGGGAGGGCAACAGGAGGAGGAGGAGAGCCAUCAGCCGGUGGGUGACUCCCCCUGCACCCCCAGCCAAGGAGAGUCACCCCCAGCCCUGUUGCCUCCUAAUCCCUUCUCCUCCUUCCCCUUCCUCCACUGCUGACUUUGGGGGGAAAUGGUUCAGCUGCAGAAACGGGACUUCCGGGUACCAGUAGAGGUGGCUGGACUCCCCUCCACCAACAGAGAGCAGAUCCCAGCCUGUGAACUUGAGGGGGUGUGGGUGGAAGACAUCCUCAAGGAGGGACCCCCGGAGCCCUGGGGACAGCCACCUGGGCCAGCUGCCACCGUAAGCCAAAGGGUGGGGGCGCCCGGGGUCUAGGCUCCUCACCCCACCCCUACCUGUCCCCUGGGCCUCCACGGCUCACUCACCUGGAAGUGAGCUCCACUGCCCGUGCAAUAAAGCCGUUUGAUCUGA